AUGACACAGAAACUGGUUGUUGUCGGAGCUGGGCCGGUAGGCUCCUUGGCGGCCCUGUACGCUGCCGUGCGUGGAUUCGAGGUUGAAGUGUAUGAACUGAGAGCAGAUCUUCGCGAGGCCAAGACUACUCCACUCACUCACUCAAAGUCUAUCAAUCUUGCCCUCUCCGAGCGCGGUAUCCAUUCCCUGCGUAAGACGGGCCUAUUGGACCUUGCCGAUGCAGUACUAGCCGAGACGUACCCCAUGGGUGGCCGUAUGAUCCAUUUGCGAAAAAAUGGAGAACACGUUCGUCAAGCACAAGCAUACGAUGCAAGGGGACGAAGUUUGUUGGCCAUGGACAGAAGUGGUCUGAACAAAACCCUUCUCGAUCAUCUGGAGGCUAUGCCCAAUGUGAAGCUCAUGUUCAACCAUAAACUGGUGGGUGCAGACUUCCGGAAGAAGAUUGCAUGGUUUGAACAUCGCCCCAACUCUCCUGAAGAGCAGGGUGAUGAGUUCGAACUGAGCUUUGACCUCAUGAUUGGUGCAGACGGUGCUCACUCGGCCGUACGAUACCAUCUCAUGAAGUUUGUCCCUAUGUAUUUCCAUCAGGAAUACAUUGACAAGCUCUGGUGUCAGUUUCACGUCCCCGCCGGACCAAAUGGCGACUUCCGAAUACCUCCAGGCUACCUACACAUCUGGCCCCAAGAUGAAUCUAUGUUCAUUGCCCUGCCAAACCUUGACAAGACAUUUACCUCAACGCUCUUCUUGACAAGAGAGGGUUUUGAAGAGCUUGAUGUAUCCGGAAAGGUCGUCGAGUAUUUCAAUGAAAAAUUCCCAGGUGUGGUGCCAGAUCUUAUUACCGAAGACGAUCUACGUCAACAAUACAAGGCGAACGCACAUCUGCCUUUGAUCUCCAUCAAGUGCACACCAUAUCAUUACGGAGAUUCUGGUGUCAUUCUGGGGGAUGCUGCACACGCCAUGGUGCCCUUCUACGGCCAGGGAAUGAAUGCCGGAUUGGAAGAUGUCCGCGUCUUGUUUGAGUUUAUCGACAAGUACCCCAAUGAUCGAUCCAUGGCAUUGAGUGAAUACACCAAACAACGCACCCCAGAUGCGCAAGCUAUAAACGAUCUUGCUCUGGGAAAUUACCGUGAGAUGGCGAGUGAUGUCAAGAAGCCAUUGUAUCUUUUGAGGAAAUGGGUUGAGGAGAAACUAUACAUCUACGUUCCCAGCGCUGGAUGGGCUACCCAAUACUCGAGAGUAACAUUCAGCAACAUGCGAUACUCCGAGGUACAAAAGGCAGCUCAACAUCAAGCGGAGAUACUCAAUAGAGUCGUUGGUAUUGGCAUAGUAUCUAUCCUCGGGUCUGCAUUCUGGUUUGCGAGAUCUGGAGGUGCACACCAAGUCAAGAUGGGUAUCUUGCGGUCGAUAUGCGUGCUCGCACAGAAGCUGCAGAGCUUUACUCGGCGCUAA